UGCGUCCACAGCCAUCCGGCAAGAUGGUCCCCUUGCUUUGUCUCCCCUGACCGGAGUUGUUUCGGCAUUCACAGGCUGGUUUUCCUUCCGUGACAUCGAAAAUCUGUACCGCUGGCUCACUUGCACCUCGAAGAAACCGUGUCUCUGUUAUCCGAGAAAUGAGUGCGGUGAAAAGUAAAAUGAGUCUGGCUUCUUCUGAAUCAAACUUAGACCAAAUGGCAGAAAAAACAGAGGAGCCUGGUAGUUCAACGGACACUAUGAAGCCAUCCUCUUCUCGUAGCAAGAGGAAGUCCACCACUGUGUCAAAGCACGCUGCACUAAAUGAAACCAACGCUUCGGCUGAGAGUGACCAUGAAGGUGCCACUUCUGACAAUCCUUCAGACAGCAACACAGACACUGUGUCUAAAGGAACUUUAGUGAUGAGGCCAGCUGGGAAUGAAAAUGAAGGUGCCAUGAAGCUCAGAGUGGAUUUCAAACAGAAACAUACAGAUGAUACCCUGGAGAAGAAUGUCAGCUGCACUGCCUGUGGAAAGCAAGUAAACCAAUUUCAACGCCAGUCUGUGCAUGAGCACCCUGUGCUGAAAGUACUGAUUUGUAAGUCAUGCUUCAAAUAUUACACAAGCGAUGACAUUAGCAGAGACUCUGAUGGAAUGGAUGAGCAGUGCAGGUGGUGUGCUGAAGGAGGGAAGCUUGUUUGCUGUGACUACUGCAACAAUGCUUUCUGCAAGAAGUGCAUCCUGCGCAACCUGGGUCGGAGGGAGCUGUCAACCAUCACUGAUGAGAACUCAAAGUGGCAUUGCUAUGUUUGCAGGGCUGAACCCCUUCAAGAUCUGGUUUCCAAAUGCCACCGCAUUAUGGAAAAACAAGACCAUGUGCAACUCAAGCAAAGAAAACUAGAUAAAACAGAGGAGCACGAGAGCAAAAAACACAAAAGCAAACCAGUCAAAGAGCACAAAGCUGUUGUCAAUGGGAAAGAACACCUUGAAGGCUCAGGGACCAUGACAUUCUCCUACAAGAAACUGCAAGUACCCAAAGAACUUAUAAAGAAAACUAAAAAGCUUGUUGAAACUACUACUGGGCUGAACAAUACAUUCAUCCAGUUUAUUCAGCAGACGACAGAGGAGCAUGAAGAGAAGUCCAUCAGGUAUCGACAUUUGAAAGCCUUCAGAGCAGUACUUAGUGACUUGAAAAAAGCCCAUACUGCUUUGGAAGCAGCGUUAGAGCCUGAGUUCAGAAGCAUGGAGCUGCAGAAUGGUAAUGAAAGGGAACCUAUUGUUAGAAAAACCACUGGUACUACAGCCCCUGUUGAAAGUGAUGAGGUGGACGAUGAAGCUGAUGCGUUUGAUGAGUCAGCAGCAACUGAGGAGCCUUUUGAGGACAUGAGUGAGACUGCUGCACCUGAAGAACCACUUGAGGACAUCGAUGAGGCAGUUGUAGCUGAGGAGCCUGUGCAAACCAUUGAGGAGGUGGCAGCAGCUAAGGAGCCCAUUGAGGACAUGAGUGAUGCAGAUGCACCUGAAGAACCGGUUGAGGACGUCGAUGAGGCAGCUGUAGCUGAAGAGCCAUUGGAAACUGUUGAGGUGGCAGCAGCUAAAGAACCUUUUGAGGAUAUGAGUGACGCAGCUUCACCUGAAGAACCAGUUGAGGACACUGAUGAGGCGGCUACAGCUGAAGAACAAGUUAGCAUCAAUGAGGUGUCUGCAGCUAAGGACCCUGGAGAGGACAGUGAUCAAGUGUCAGAUAAGGUUGAAACAAAAGAAAACCAAACUGGCAUGGAACUAACCAAAAUCUCAAUUAAAACUGAGAACUGUGAAGAUGACUUGGCACACACUGGUGAAAUGUCCUUAGAUCAAGAUAUAAUGUCAGUUCCUCCAUCAGUUCCUGAAGAGCUGUUUCAAAUGGUUGAGAGCCUUGCUGAUUCCACCAUGCUUACACAAACUGAUGCUGAUAUGGACCCAGUUGCCGAUAAAAAGUCCAAUGGAAACUCAUUGGAUACUAAACAGCCCCAGCCCAAGGUAAAAAAUCUCAUAGUCAAACUAACUCCAGUGCCCAUAGUGACGACACGUGAGUCGAAGUCCCUCAGGUCCAAAAACAAAGGAAACGAUGAAGAGAUGUCAGUCAAAUGUAAAAAAGAGUGUAAGAAGGAACAAGAAGAUGCAAGCCCACCUCCCAGCCGCCGUUCAAGUCGAGUUAAAACUACACCUUUGAGGAAGCAGGCUGAGAAUAAGGACAAGGAAGACUCCUCUGAGUCAGAGUCAGAUGAAGACCAUAAGCGCAAAGCUAAGCCCUCCAAGAAAUCGAAUAGCAUCAAAAAAGAGGAGAAGCAUUCCAAAUCUAAGGAAAAGACACUGGACUCAGACUCUGAUGAAGUUCCAAACAUAUUACUUGAGAAAGCUGCUGAAGACCACAGUUCAGAUGAGGAAAAGACAAGCACAAGUGCUAAAAAGCGUUUAUUCAAACUAAACAACAAAUCCUCGCAAGAUGCAGACAAAGCAUCCAAACGCAAGAGGAAGUCCGAAAGCUCUGGUUCAGACUCAGAAAAUAGAGCUAAGAAGACAUCCAAGAAGAAGAAGAAACAGAACGGUUCAGACUCCUCUGACACUGACAGGGAGGAUGAAGCAAAGGGUAAGGUGAGCACAGCAAAAAGAAGAUCUAGCCGCGUCAAAAAACAGGAUGAAGCAAAAGAAGUGGAAAAGAAGUCCUCAGAGAAGAAGACAGGUGAGCAUAGAAGGUCCUAUGAAAAGAAGCGCAAAGGAUCCAGAGCAGCCUCCAAGCUACAGUCAUCCUCCAGCGAGGAUGAGGAUGAGGGGGAACAGCAAGCUGAAGGUGACUCCGGACAAGACAGUGACGAUCAGAAGAUCAAGCCUAUAGUGGAGAAUGUGAUGGGAGGCAGUGGACAUUUCCAUCAGUCCUCAGGUGAUGAAGUGGACGGCAAAGAGGGUGCAUCUCACGCUUGUGAUGAUGAUGACGACGAUCCUGAGAACAGAAUUGCAAAGAAAAUGCUUCUUGCCAAAAUCAAAACCGAUUAUUCCUCUGGAGCAGACAGCUCCUCUGAUAAUGAUGGAUCAGAAAAGGAAGAAAAGAAGCCCUCCAAUAAAGUUAAGAAAGAAGAUGAGGAUGAAGAAGAGGACCAAGAUGCUGAGGAUACAGAGGACUCAGGUUCCGAAGUAGAAGUGAAGAAAGCCAGCCGACGUCACAAACUGCUCCGUCAUAAACUCUCGCUGAGUGAGGGAGAAUCUGGAGAGGAGAAAGAUACCAAAAAAGAGGGCAAAAAUAAGGGGACUAAAAAGAAGACAAGACAGAAAGUGGACAGCGAUGACUCUGACGACUCAGACUUUGAGAAAGAGAACUCAGACUCGAGUUCAGAAGAAUCUGGGAUAAGUGAGCAACUGAGUGAUUCAGAGAAAGAUGGAAAGCGUCGAAAGACUAGAUCUGCAUUGAAAAAGGACGGGGACAAACAGAGAAGUUACAAGCAGAAGAAGAAGCGGCGCAGGAUCAAAGUUCAGGAUUCAUCCUCCAGCAAUGAGAAGAGUGGAGAGGAAGAUGGUGAUGACCAAGAUGGAGAAGGACGCAAAGGGCGCAAGAAGAUCCGCAAAAUCCUGAAGGAUGACAAACUGAGGACUGAGACGAGGGAUGCUCUGAAAGAGGAGGAGGAGAGGAGGAAACGUAUAGCGGAGCGAGAGGCACUCAGGGAGAAACUUCGUGAGGUGAUCGUGGUAGAGGAGUCCUCUGAGGUGACCUGUCCCAUUACCACUAAGUUGGUCCUGGAUGAGGAUGAAGAGACCAAGGAGCCUUUGGUGCAAGUGCACAGGAACCUCGUCACAAAGCUCAAGCCUCACCAGGUUGAUGGGGUCCAGUUCAUGUGGGACUGCUGCUGUGAAUCUGUGAAGAAGAUUGAGAAAUCUGCUGGCUCUGGAUGCAUCCUUGCUCACUGUAUGGGACUCGGAAAAACUCUGCAGGUGGUGACAUUCCUUCAUACUUUGCUGCUUUGUGAAAAGCUCAACUUUUCAACAGCCCUGGUAGUUUGUCCUUUAAACACUGUCCUUAACUGGCUCAAUGAGUUUGAGAAGUGGCAAGAUGGCAUGGAAGAUGAAGAGAGUUUAGAGGUGGUUGAGCUUGCCACAGUAAAGAGGCCACAAGAACGAUCAUAUGCCCUUCAGCGUUGGCAAGAGACUGGUGGCAUCAUGAUCAUGGGCUACGAGAUGUACCGAAACCUGACGCAGGGCAGGAACAUCAAAAGCAAGAAGCUCAAAGAGAUUUUUCAGAAGACAUUAGUUGAUCCAGGUCCAGACUUGGUGAUCUGCGAUGAAGGUCAUAUCCUUAAGAACGAGGCAUCUGCUGUGUCUAAAGCGAUGAACUCUAUCAGGACGAGGAGGAGGGUCGUGCUGACCGGAACACCUCUGCAGAACAAUCUUAUUGAAUACCACUGCAUGGUGAACUUCAUCAAGGAAAACCUGCUCGGGUCAGUUAAGGAGUUUAGGAACCGCUUCAUUAACCCCAUCCAGAACGGGCAGUGUGCUGACUCAACUCCACAUGACGUUCGGAUCAUGAAGAAGAGGGCUCACAUCCUCUAUGAGAUGCUGGCUGGCUGUGUUCAGAGGAAAGAUUACACUGCUCUCACCAAGUUCUUGCCUCCCAAGCAUGAGUAUGUGUUAUCGGUGAGAGUGACUCCCAUCCAGGCUAAACUCUACAGAUACUACCUGGAUCACUUCACAGGUGUGGGGAAUGCUUUAGAGGGGGGCCGUGGCCGCGCGGGGACCAAACUCUUCCAGGAUUUCCAGAUGCUCAGCAGAAUCUGGACCCAUCCCUGGUGCCUUCAGCUGGACUACAUCAGUAAAGAAAAACAGGGUAGGGGUUUCUUUGACGAGGACAGUAUGGAUGAUUUCAUCGCUUCCGAAACUGAGGAAUCUUCUAUGAGUCUGAGUUCAGCAGACGAGAAGCAGAAAAAGAAAAAGAAGCGAGGGAAGGGAAAAAAUAAGGACUCUGAAGAUUCGGAUAGUGAUGAUGUGGAAGUGAUCAAGGAGUGGAACACCAGCUCUCGAGGCAGGAAUGGAGAGGGUCGAAACAGAGCCUCCCCAGUAGAAGAACCUCGACCCUCUAGCUCACAACCAGGGAGUCCCAGUGCUGACUGGCACAAAGAGUUUGUCACUGAGGCUGAUGCCGAAGUCAUUGAGCAUUCUGGAAAGAUAGUGCUUCUCUUUGAGAUCCUCCGGAUGGCAGAGGAAGUAGGCGAUAAAGUGUUGGUGUUCAGUCAGUCUCUUAUCUCACUGGAUCUGAUUGAGGAUUUCCUGGAACUGUCUUGCCGAGCUAAGGAUGAAGAUAAAAUAUCUCCAUACAAAGGUGAAGGCAAGUGGUUCAGGAACAUUGACUACUAUCGUCUGGAUGGCUCCACCAACGCCACCACAAGGAAGAAGUGGGCUGAAGACUUUAAUGACACCAGUAAUACAAGAGGCCGUUUGUUCCUCAUCUCAACACGAGCUGGCUCCCUUGGUAUCAACUUAGUGGCAGCAAACAGGGUCAUCAUCUUCGAUGCCUCCUGGAACCCUUCCUAUGACAUCCAGAGUAUCUUCAGGGUCUACCGCUUUGGCCAGCGUAAGACUGUCUAUGUCUACAGGUUCUUGGCCCAGGGUACAAUGGAGGAAAAGAUUUAUGAGCGGCAGGUCACUAAGAGUCACUGUCCAUUCCGUGUGGUGGACCAGCAGCAGAUUGAGAGGCACUUUACCAUGAAUGAGUUGUCCGAGCUCUACACUUUUGAGCCCGACAUGGCGGACGAUCCUUCUGAAAAGAAGAGCAAGAGAGCCACGCCAGUGCUCCCUAAGGAUCUCUUCCUGGCUGAGCUGCUACAAAACAACAAAGACCAGAUCGCCUGUUACCACGAGCAUGACUCGCUGUUGGACCACAAGGAGGAGGAAGCCCUGAGUGAGGAGGACCGCAAGGCUGCUUGGGCCGAGUAUGAAGCAGAGAAAAAGGGUCUGUCCAUGAGGACCAACUACCAGUCUGGUUACCCCCAGAUGGACAUGGGCACCUCAAGCUACUUCUCCUUCAACAUGGCUGCUUUGGCCUCCAUGACCAACCAGCAGCUGGAGGAUCUUAUCAACCAGGGACGGCAGAAGGUCUUUGAAGCAACAAACUCAUUGAAGUCUUUACGUCCGGAGGCACUAGAGGACACUAUUGCCAGAGUGUGGAAGGAGAACCCGACACUGACAGAGAGCCAGGUCCAGUCUCUGGCCCUGAGCCGACAGGCCUCAGUGGAGCUGGAGGUCAAGCGUAGAGAAGCCAUUUACAGGGACGUCCUCGCCCGGCAGCAGGGGCUAAUGACAUACGUGCAGAAACUGAUCACCAACAGGAAGGUGCAAGAACAGCAGCUGGCCAUGGCCAAACAGGCCACUUACCUGAGCCAGCUGGCAAUGCAGAACGGCAUGCUGGGAGGCCCUGGGAUCAGCCAGAUGGACCUGCUGGGACUCUACCAGCAGCUCCACGGCCUCGGCACUCAUCAGGCUGCGGACAAGAAUCCCGGGCCCUCCAAGGGCCUGUAGGUCAGGAUGGCUCCUCCACACCCUCACUCAGCUAGCCGGCUCCCAGUGGCCCAGUCCCAGCAAGGCCCUGUGGUCUGUACCAGAUGCAUCACGAGACCACUUAGAUCUCAAAGCGACCCGGUUCAUUUCAACCUGAUUGAAAAUGGAGCCCCAAACAGAGGGUGGUGUAGUUUUGAGAUGAGGGCCACACACAGGAUCGACUCUCAGUCUUUUAUUGUGUAGUUCACUGAGAGAAAAGGCAGUAUGAUGUAAAAAUAGGUGUGUGAGCUGGGUCGAGUAGAAAGUUAAACAGAAAAAAUGUAUAUACAGCCUCAAUGUUAUUCAAGUUCUAUAUCUUAAUUUUUUCAUGUAUUUAAAGACAAACAAAUCUACCCCCAAUGCUUUAGGCAUUGUAUCGUUUCCCCUUAAAAGAGGGCUUCGUUAUUAUUUAAAGUCAGUUUUUUAUACUGUUUUAAUGCCUAACAAACCUGAGUGGGACCAGUGUCGAUGGUGACAGGACUCGAUGUAAAGCUCCUCAUGAUAGCAGCCCCAGUAGGUUCCUCCACCAACAUCCCUAAGUUGGAGAACUGUUGGUGCUUCAAAGUCCUGCUCUUUUUUGAAGGGUAGAAUAAAUUGAUACAUCAACGAAAAAACAAGAAAAAAAUAUGGCCUUAUAUUUGUUUCCUAAAAAAAAUGCAGGUGUAAAGUACUAAAAUUUGAGAUUUGUUGAGGAUCUUUUCUAUUAUGCUUUUAAGUGUUUACAUUAGUUGUCGCUGAACAUGGUAAUGGAAUGCUUGUGUUGUUCAAAACUGCCUGCCGGUUCUUAUGACCUUUUUCGUAACAUCAUUCACAUUGUCACGUGUUGUCUAGCAUAGCACUGUGCGUCCUGCUCAUUGUUUAUGUUCCACUUGUGUUGAUCCCAAGCCAGGGGGCGAUUGACUGGGUCUCCAAAAGCACAACACGGUCAGCCUGGUAUCACAGGGCCCAAACUCGUACACUUUACUCGUCUGUCAAAGUCAGGAAGCGUUUGAUAUGAAGUGAAGACUGGAGAUCUUCGUACUUCCGGCUGACAUGCAUCUGCUUUGAGAGAUGUGCCCCCCUAGACGCUGUAGGCGCAACAGGCGGGACCCCCAGACCCCCCGUCUUCUACUUUGGCACAUUCUUGCUUCUAAAUGCUUAAACUGGUGUAGCUGUUAACCAUGAGGAACAUGUACAUUUCUCAUGAAGAGGCGCCUGUUGUCUCUAGUUGGCUCCUGUGUUUGCACCACUUGUAUUUCAUAAUUGUAGAUUAACUUUUUUGCCCUCCUAAGAAUGUUCUUAUGUUAGCAAAUACAACAUGAUUUGCCAUGAAUCUGAUCUGCUAUUAUCUUGUUAAGUAUUUAAUAUAACAUUUAAUAAAGUGACCAAAAGGAUGAA